UAUAUAAAAUUCUCUUACCGCUGUUAUCGAUAAUUGCUUUGUGAAUUUCCGACAAUUUUUCACGACUUGUGCGGAUGUUCUUCUAAAGAAUUUAAUUAGAAAUAGCUGGAAACAGGAUUCAAUUGAAAAUACUAUAAACCUUUUGAUUUUCGAUUUCAAUUGUGAAACAGGAAAUCUUAUAGGAUUUUAGGGUUAUUCGCCGUCAAGAGCGCUAAAAAUAACCAUUACAGGUCACAUUGAUUGGUAGGAAUUGAUUAUAAUGGCUAAUAAUAAUUAUGCCGGAUUCAGUUAUGGUGGUACUCAGUACGCUGCGGGAGGUGGAUACAAUCCUGGUCAAGUUGCUUAUCCUGCUGUAACAAACGCAACCUAUGCCAAUGCUGCUGCUUAUCAAUCAGCAGCUGCUGCUGGUCAGAGUGGCUAUGCAGCUGCUGGCGCUUCUGGAGCCGGCGGCUAUGCCGGGUACGGCGACUACGGUCGCGCCAUACCCGCAUAUGACGCUUCUAAGACAUUUUAUCAACAAGCGCCAGCUAGCUACAACACUGCACCAGCAGCUACUGUUAGCAAAACCCAUUAUUCAGCUCCACCUGUAAAGAACAUCAAUAAUACAAAAGCGCCGGGAGCUAAAGACAAGACAAAUGGCGCUGUUAAAACAUCAACGGCUCCGGUAUCUACCACUGCUACACCAGUUAGCGCUUAUACUAACUAUGAGUCAGCUUUGUAUAGUGCAGCAUCAAUGUAUGUUGCUCAACAACAGCAUCAACCCGGCAGCACUAUAAAAUCGAAUGCCAAUGGGGCUGCUGGAGCUGGAUGGCAAUAUCGUGCACCGAAGGGUGCCGCAGGUGGCGCUGCCAGUGCUGCUGCCCGUCCACGAACUAAGCCUCCACCACGGCCACAACAAUUACACUACUGUGAAGUAUGCAAGAUCUCAUGCGCUGGACCUCAAACUUAUCGUGAGCAUUUGGAAGGCCAAAAACAUAAGAAACGUGAAGCAUCAUUAAAAAUGCAAGCUACUGCACAGUCUGCUACACAAAAUCGUGGUAAUAAUUAUCAUUGUGAGCUAUGUGAUGUGACUUGUACUGGUACAGAUGCGUAUGCCGCUCAUGUUCGUGGAGCAAAACAUCAAAAGGUAGUUAAACUUCAUCAGAAACUUGGAAAGCCAAUACCACCAGAUGAGCCGAAGAAGUUAUCAAAGAUUAACUUUGUCCCAGCUAGUGGUACGACCGAGACUGCUGAGAAAACUGAAACUGAAAAUACUAGCGUCACUGAAAAUGGAUAUAUUUCAGAUAACCUAGAUGAUAGUGCUGGGGCGGGAGAAAAUACCGAUAAUAUUAAACCAGUUGGUGGCGAAUAUAUUGAGGAGAUUAAGGACGACGAGGGCAAAAUUCUUAGCUUCAAUUGUAAACUGUGCGAUUGCAAAUUCAAUGAUCCAAAUGCAAAAGAGAUGCACAUGAAGGGUCGUCGUCACCGUCUUCAAUAUAAAAGGAAGGUUCAACCCGAUUUGGUUGUUGAUUUUAAGCCCACACCACGUCAAAGGCGUUUAGCUGAAGCUCGCGCUCAGAGAGCAUUGAUGCAAUCUCACCGCGGCAGCAAUGUAGGUUUCGGCGAUGAACAUGAAAAUAGUGGUGGAAUGUAUUGGGAUGAGCAACGUCGCCGGGCACAGUAUGAUGACGAAUAUGAUUACAGCAAUUGGUUGGCUCGUAGUUUUGCAGGCGCUCAGCGUGGGUUUGGUGGCCGUAUGGGCAAUGGUCCGCCACCUUUCUUUGGAAUGAUGCCUGGUGGUGGUGGUGGAAAUAUUCGCCGUCCUGAGAGUACUGAUGAUCGUCAUGCUAUUGCACGCCACGCUGAAAUUUAUCCCAAAGAGGAAGAAUUGCAAACAAUUCAACGUAUUGUUUCUCACACUGAACGUGCAUUAAAAUUCGUAUCAGAUAAACUUGCUGAGAACCCAGAUGAAAAAGGGAUUGCAGCCAAAAAGGAGAAAGUUGACAAUGCCCAAGUAAAAGAUGGUCGUGAUAAUCAGAUGUUAUCAUUUCAAAAAGAGGCUGAUAGCGGCAAUGUACGCAUUCUUAAGGGUGUAAUGCGCGUAGGAUUUUUGGCCAAAGGCCUUCUAUUACAGGGUGACAAUGCUGUCGAAUUAGUAGUUUUAUGUUCUGAAAAGCCAACUGUUGGAUUGUUGAAACGGGUAGCAGCUGAAUUACCAACCAAACUGAAGGAAGUUGCAGGUGAGAACCCCGUUGAAUAUGUGGUUGAAGUCGUAGCUCAAGACUCGGCUGUAAUUGUGCGUGACGAUGUGGUGUCUGUUAAGAUAUCGCUGACUUCGCCGUUAUUACGUGAAGCUGCACAAGAUGGUAAAAGUGAUGCUGCCAUUAACGGCGGUACUGGUGAUGCUGCACUUUUGCCACGUGAGCCAUGCCUGAGGGCAUUGGCUGAACUUCGUCAUGCUAAAUGGUUCCAAGCCCGUGCUACAGGUCUACAAUCAUGUGUAAUGGUAAUACGCAUCCUGCGUGAUCUUUGUCAACGCAUUCAGUCAUGGCAGGCAUUGCCACAGUGGUCUCUUGAACUACUGGUGGAGAAAGUGAUCUCAUCGGCCGGCUUUCCAAUAUCUCCUGGUGAUUGCCUUCGCCGUAUAAUGGAGGCUUUGGCUUCUGGUUUUCUCAUCAAUGGCCCUGGUCUUUUGGAUCCAUGCGAAAAAGAAGCUCAAGAUGCUUUACAAGAUUUGACCAAGCAACAGCGUGAAGAUCUAACUGUUUCUGCACAAUUGUUUCUACGUUAUAUUGCCUUUAGGCAAAUUUACAAGGUUCUUGGCAUGGACCAACUGCCUGCUUUGAAGUUUCCGAUACGACCAUGGCGUCUAAACCGCAAACGCCGUCGCUCAUCAGGAAAAGGAGGUCCGGGCGGCGAAACUGAUGCAGCCGAUGGUGAAGAACUCUGCUCAGAUGAAAAAAUAUUGAAAAAAGAUGUGUCUGCUUAAGCUUCACGACCAAUAUAUCUCGCUUAGUACGGCGAUCAAUAUUUGUAGUUUUAGAUUUGCUAAACAUUAAUUCUCUCGGAUAAUAAAUAUUUAUCAAAUGAAUGUUUAAAUGUGUGGGCAUACUGCGUAACAGUCUCUUCAUCCACAAAAAAAAUUUAGUCACCAACGGGAAAUUGGAAAGUAUUUUGAAUUCAACAUGUAAACACAAUUGAAAUUCUGAUUAAAUAAUAAUAAUUAUGAAA